AAUCGCCACCAUGGGAGAAUAUAAUGAGAAGAAAGAGACUUGUGGAACAAUAUGUCUGAAGUACCUGCUCUUCACUUUCAACUUCUUUUUCUGGCUGGCUGGCCUUGCUGUGAUGGCUGUAGGAGUUUGGACGCUGGUCCAGAAAAGUGACUACAUCAGCCUGCUACCCUCAAGCACCUAUGCUGCCACAGCUUACAUCCUGGUUGUUGCGGGUGCCAUUGUCAUGGUAACCGGCAUCCUUGGCUGUUGUGCAACCUUUAAGGAGAGGAAGAGCCUGCUGAAAGUUUAUUUUAUCCUGUUGAUGUGCAUUUUCAUCCUGGAGAUCCUGGCAGGAAUCCUGGCCUAUAUAUACUACCAACAGCUCAAUGAUGAACUGAAGCAAAGCUUAAAGGAAACCAUGACCCAGAAGUACAAGCAGCCAGGAGAGGAAAAAGUGACUAAUGCUGUGGACAAACUACAACAAGAGUUUAAGUGCUGUGGAAGUAAUAAUUCCCAGGACUGGAAGGAGAGUGUUUGGAUUAAGUCUCCAGAGGCUGACAGGCGUUUGGUUCCAGACAGCUGCUGCAAGACUGUCACUCCUAAUUGUGGGGUACGAGACCACCCUUCAAAUAUCUACAAAGUGGAGGGUGGCUGCAUCACCAAACUGGAAGCCUUCAUCCGAUCUCACCUGCUUAUUAUUGGAGCGGUGGGAUUAGGUAUUGCCUCUGUACAGCUUUUUGGAAUGAUCUUCACCUGUUGCCUGUACAAGAGUUUAAAGUCUGAGCCAUACUAAGAUGGACUCGCUCAUUGCACUUCAUCUACUGACAAAACACAAUCUGCUGCCUUAUUAAGAUCCUUGGAAACCUAGAAUGAGUUCCAGACACGUUCUGAAUAUGACAUCAUCUGCUUUCAACAUCUAAAAAUAUAGGAGCUUCUCUGUGUCAUCACAAUAGCAUGACAUCAUUCUCUUACUUUGAUUUCAUCUGUGUCUUUGUGCCAAGCUAUAACGAGACAAUGAAGUACAUCCACUGCGCUCCAGAAGGUUAAUUCUGGCUACCAGCCUUUUGGUGUUGACUGAAUUUGUUGAUUUUAUGUGUAUGAAGAACAGCCAGUAAGGGACUCCUACAAUUCCUCACACGUCCUGCAAUUAGAACUGAUUUCGAAGUUCUGCUUUUACCGUGUUCAGUUUGCUCUGACACUGCUUAAGUUUUAUUCCUGCAAACCGCUUUGCUUUUAACCCAAAUGGCACUGCAAGAACCAGCGUACAUGGAUUUUGGCAUUAUUCAGACAUGUAUAUUUUAUGAAACCUGCUGUACUAACGGUUUACAAGUCUAAUUUCUUUUUG